AUGAUUUGUAAUAAUAAUUUGAAACAAAGUAAAGAGUUUUCUUGUUUAUCGAAUAUAAAAAAUACAGUUAAUUUAUCUUGUACAAAUUUAUCCAUAGUUCCUUCAUGUGGAAUGAAAGUUAGAGCUAAACUUGAAAGAAGAUGCAAAAGUUGUUAUUUUGCUAGAAUCGAUGGUAGAAUGAUGGUUUUGUGUGAUAGUUACGGAAGACAUAAACAAAUGGCUUUAGUUAAAAAAGCAAAACAUUAUUGGAUUUUAUCACAUUGUACUCAACAUAAAAUAAGACCUUAUUAA